UGCUUUCCGGUCGGGCGUGAGGAGGUGACGUCAGGAGCGGUGGCGAGCGGGGGCUUCCUGAAGCGCGGGGGACGUUGUCUCUGUGGGCCCUACUCCGCGUCACAAGUCGGCGACUGAGCCUUGGCGGUGGUGGCCGAGGCGGCGAAGGCGGCAGCGGCGGCGACAGCUCUGGGGUCUGCGUCUCGGGGUGUGUCGGCCGCCGCUGCUGCUUGGGCCUGGUAUGUACAAAUGGCUGGUUAGGAUUCUCGGCACCAUUUUCCGUUUCUGUGACCGGCCGGUGCCCCCUGCCCGGGCCCCCCUGAAGAGGCGGCGCUCGAACAGCACUCUGUUUUCUACAGUGGAUACUGAUGAAAUACCAGCCAAAAGACCGAGAUUAGAUUGCUUUAUUCACCAAGUGAAAAACAGUCUCUACAAUGCUGCCAGCUUAUUUGGAUUCCCAUUCCAGCUAACCACAAAGUCCAUGGUAACUUCUGCUUGUAAUGGAACACGGAAUGUGGUCCCUUCAGGAGAGGUAUUUUCGAACUCUUCGUCUUCUGAACUGACCAGUUCUGGAUCCUGGAACAACAUGCUGAAACUGGGUAAUAAAUCUCCUAAUGGAAUAAGUGACUAUCCAAAGAUCAGAGUGACAGUAACUCGAGAUCAGCCACGCAAAGUCCUGCCUUCAUUUGGUUUCACUUUGAGCUCAGAAGGCUAUAAUAGAAGACCAGGUGGCCGUCGCCAUAGCAGAGGCAAUUCAGAGAGCUCCUUAACAUGGAAACCUCAGGAACAGGUUGUAACGGAGAUGAUUUCUGAAGAGGGUGGCAAGGGUCUGAGGCGUCCGCAUUGUACUGUGGAGGAGGGUGUUCAAAAAGAGGAAAGAGAGAAAUACCGAAGGUUAUUGGAGCGACUUAAAGAAGGUGGUCAUGGAAACUCUCUUCCUCCUGUGACUUCAGCUUAUCAUAGUUCUCAAAGAAGUCAGAUGGACACAUUAAAGACCAAAGUCUGGGGGGAAGAGCAAAGUCAUGGAGUCAGAACAACUCAGUUUGUUCCAAAACAAUAUAAAGUUGUUGAAACAAGGGGACCUCUAUGUUCAGUGAGAAGUGAAAAGAGGUGUUCAAAGGGGAAAAUUUCUGAUACAGAGAAGACAAUUGGAAUCAGACUAGAAAAUGAAGGUAGGAGGGGACUCCAGCUGGAACCUGACCUAUCUGAAGAAGUGUCAGCCCGACUCCGCCUGGGCAGUGGAAGCAAUGGCUUACUCAGGAGGAAGAUGUCAGUACUUGAGACAAAGGAAAGAAAUUGCUCAAGCAAAGAGAGGGAUAAAAGGACGGAUGAUCUCCUUGAACUUACAGAGGACAUGGAAAAGGAAAUCAGUAAUGCUCUAGGCCAUGGCCCACAGGAUGAAAUCCUAAGUAGCGCUUUCAAAUUACGAAUCACUCGAGGAGAUAUCCAGACCUUGAAGAACUAUCACUGGCUCAAUGAUGAAGUCAUUAAUUUUUACAUGAAUCUCCUGGUGGAAAGAAAUAAAAAACAAGGUUAUCCAGCACUUUACGCAUUCAGUACUUUCUUUUAUCCAAAACUAAAGUCUGGGGGUUACCAAGCAGUGAAAAGAUGGACCAAAGGGGUCAAUCUCUUUGAACAGGAACUUAUUCUGGUGCCUAUUCAUCGGAAGGUACAUUGGAGCCUGGUGGUGAUAGACCUGAGAAAAAAGUAUCUUAAAUAUCUGGAUUCUAUGGGACAAAAGGGCCACAGGAUCUGUGAGAUUCUUCUUCAGUAUUUACAGGAUGAAAGUAAGACCAAAAGAAAUAUUGAGCUGAGUGUUUUAGAGUGGACCCACUACAGCAUGAAGCCACAUGAGAUUCCUCAACAGUUGAAUGGGAGUGACUGUGGAAUGUUUACUUGUAAAUAUGCAGAUUAUAUCUCUAGGGAGAAACCUAUCACUUUUACUCAGCACCAGAUGCCUCUGUUCCGGAAGAAGAUGGUGUGGGAAAUCCUUCAUCAGCAGUUGCUGUGAAAACGCCCUGCCCAGUCCCUCCAGCUGCUGGUGGUUCUUUCAUGAAUGGACGUUUCCAUAUACCUCAUGCAUUGUGGGUUAAAAAGUCCCUGCAUCACCUCUGUUCUCUCACAGGUACUGAGCUGUCAGAAAUGCAUGAAGGCCCCUCUCUGCACCCUAGUUCUGACUUGGUGUGUGGAGGGCUGCUUACAACCCUGUUUAUAAGGCUGUGCCUGCUCAGAGCCCUGGACUGUCAACCCACACAAGAACAAACACUAAUUAAUACUUUUUUUUUUAAGAUUUUUUUUUUCCCUAUGAAUGUGGGAAAUGCAGGAUUUAUUCUAUGAUUUGUUUUUUCUGUGUGUUUGUUCACAUGUAUUCAUUCGCUCACUCGUUUGCAAACAUAAUGGGCAGUGGCUGUUUUCUGCUGCUCUUUUAAAGUUAACUUUGAAUUACACAUUUGAACUAUUUAUUUCUGAAAGGAAUGUUAAGUUGCCACUCCCUGCUGAAGAUCAGGAGGGAAAUCAGUGGGGGGAGGAAGAAAGUGUUACCUUUUCUAGCCGGCAGCAGUAACUGCGGACUUGAAGCAGGAGGUCUUCUUUCUUUUGAGGCUUGAAAAUGCCAGGAGAAGCGCUGUGGUGUAGGGCUCUGGUUGCCUUUCAGAGGAAGUCCCAUGCUACAGCACUGGCAUGGUGUCGUGGAAAAGUGGAACUGUGGCCGAGGAACUCUGGCUAUCCAAGUGUCUUCAGAAGAGUGUUGUGGUCAUCCUGAAAAGAUUUCCCUUUCUGGAAAUGAGGUGACUUGGCUACUCUUGAAACUGGAUUUGAAGUAACUGUAAACCCUAAGUCUUCAUUUUCAUCCCAGAUCUGGUUGAGUAUAAACCUCAGAUAUGUAAGGGCUGGCCUGAGCUGUUUAUUUCAAAAGAUACUAUUCAAUUUAAAGCUAUUUUUCCUCAAAGUUUUUUUUUUUUCUAUGUAUAAAGCCAAAAGUAAGUUUUGUACUCAUUAGAAUUUACAUCUCCCCAUUCCACCCGCACUGAAAUCUGUGCAAGAAAAUUUAGUACUUGGCUCUGAGGUUGCCAGUUAUACAGUGAUCUAUUUUGCAUAUGAAAGUUUGUAUUUAACUGUUUUGUUCAUUAAAAACCUUCCAGUGGUUAUGCAUAUUUAAUUUCAGAAAGUUUAGAGUUGGUCAGAACAUAUUUUGCAAGAUCUAGUGCCUAGUGUUGCUUUUCCGAUGUAAUAAAAGGUUGUCUGGCAGAACCUGAAAAGUAUAUGCUGAUUUCUAAUCCUUUCCCUACUUAAACCUCCUACACUUGUCCUUUUUCACAAAAGCAAGAGGUCAAACCAGAAAAAUUAGGCAUGUGUUAGCUGUGAGUCAACAUGUCUGUCAUCUGGAGGGCCCUGGCUGCUGGUUGCAGGGGCACGCUCUUGCAGGAAGUUUUCCCUGAGAUGUGUGAAAGUCUUGGUGUAGGACGUGGGGCCUGUGGUGUGGAUCGAAACUGCUGUGCCUACUUGAUGGUCAGGCCAGAGGACGUGUGCUUAGGUGACGCUUAAAAGAGUGAGCCAGUUGGGCUGAGUCUCCCCCAAGUGAAGGCUGUACAGAGAACCCUGCCUGCAGCCUCCGUUCCUUUCCUGAGGCUGCUGGAGCUGUGCCAGUGAGUAUUGGGAUCAGGCAGCUGGCACAGCCAAAAAAGGUCAGAGAUUUACUGGGUGAGCAGUACACUGAACACCUGGUUCCCACUUGGCACUAGUAGGGUUCACCUGAGAAUUUAGAACCUUGGUUAAGAUUUGUUCCAUGUGGGGUAAAUCUUUUUAGGAACGGCAGCCCAAGUGAAUGAUGCUGGGGGUUAAUGCGUUUGUAUUACAAAUAUUUGGAGGGGCUUUUUAAUAUCUAAACAGUUUAUGAGAAAAGCAAAUUAUUAACAUUAAAGCCAGUGCGAAGGAGAGAUAUAUAUAUAUAUAUUUAUUUAUUUAUUGCAGUAGUUUGGUGGUCUGAAAAAAAGAUGGAGUGAACCAUUGUUCUUUUUUUAGUAGGCAGUCUCUCCUAAAGGUUGAUAAAGAAGGGAAAAAAACGCCACAACUGUUGGUGAGCAAGUGUCUUUCUCACUUUUGACCUAUGAACCAGGGGGAGGGUAGGAGGGAAACAGGGCAUAUGGAAGAUGUUUUGGAGAGCCCCGUGUUCUACCUCAGUUACCUAAGGCUGUUAGAACUUCUGAUCUUUUCCUCCUCUCAGCUCCUAAGCACAGCCUGGGGAAUGCCAUGUUGAAUGGUAGAUGUUUGCCUGCGCCGUGAGGUGUUGCUUGUUGCUGGGACGACGGUGUGGGUGUUGGGAGACUGUGUCUUUGAAGAUAAUAUUGAAGUUCAGAUAUAAAUAAGUAAAUGUGGUGGGAAAAUUUGUUUGUAAUAACCUUAGUACUAUAGUUAAGCUACACUGUUUAAAUUGGCUUUUGUGAGGGAAUUCCCUGGCGAUCCAGUGGUUAGAACUCUUCACUUUCACUGCUGAGGGCGUGGGUUCUGUCCCUCGUUGGGGAAAUAAGAUCCCGCAAGCUACACUGCACAGCCAAAAAAAUAAACAAUUUUUUUUAAUUGGCUUUUGUGAACUAAUUGGGGACCUAAUCUCUUUUUUAAAAUUAAUUAAUUUUUAUCGACUGCAUUGGGUUGCUGCGCAGGGGCUUUCUCUAGUUGCGGGGAGCAGGAGCUACUCUUCAUUGCAGUACGUGGGCUUAUUGCAGUGGCUUCUCUUGUGGAACACAGGCUCUAGGUGCAUGGGCUUCAGUAGUUGUGGCACGAGGGCUCAGUAGCUGUGGCACACGGGCUUCGUUGCUCUGCGGCCUGUGGGGUCUUCCCGGACCAGGGCUUGAUCCCAUGUCCCCUGCGUUGGCAGGUGGAUUUUUAACCACUGCGCCACCAAGGAAGUCCGGGAACCCAAUCUCUUUAUGAUAGCUUCUCCAGGAAAAGCUCUAGGCGCCCAGUAUUCAAACAAAUUUUUGGUAAUUUGUAAGUUGGAGAUCUAGGUGGCUGUAUUGCUUUGAUGAUUUUUUUUUUUUUAAUUUACCUAAUAUAUACGAGAAAGGGUUUGGGUGUUUGAAAUAGGAGUUGAUUUUAUCUAUUUACCAAUAAAUUCAUCUCUUUAAUUCAGUGACUUUCAAAUAUUUUUUAUUGCAACUCAGUAAGAAAUGUGUCUUAUAUUGUGACCAAUACACACAUCCAUAUAUAUUAUGUGAUUAUAUAUGGACACAAAAGUUUUACAAAAAAUAUUACUUAUCCUUACUUCACUGAUAGUUUUCUUUAGAAAGAAAUUUAUUUUUUUAAUGUGAGUUGUGACCACUAAAUUGAUUUCUCAACCCACUUAUGGAUAGAAAUCCAGUUUGAAAAACACUGCUGUAAAUAAACUGACAGCAAGAUGCAAAUUGUGUUUAAAACUAUAAAGCUUGAGACCACAAAAAUAUGAUAAACAUGGGAUUGUUUUGAGAUGAAUCAACUUAAAUCUAGGAAA